AUGGGAUCCUCAAGUCGCUACUCCUCGUACAAUUGUUUGACCAGCUGGGACAGUUACGAUAAGAUCCCGAGGGUUCGUGUGGAAUAUUACGUGAACGAAAAUACUUUCAAGGAACGACUUCAACUUUAUUUCAUCAAAAAUCAAAGAUCUAGUCUUAGGAUACGGAUAGCCAAUCUAUUUUUUAAGCUACUGACAUGCCUGCUCUACAUCAUAAGGGUUGUUACGGAUGUGGACCCUCUACAUGCAAAAUGUUAUGGUUGCCGGCUGGGCAACAAAACGGAGUUCUUGAUCUCUGCCAAUCUGACGGAAGAGAAAUUCCAGGAGAACCCCAUCAUCAAUUGGGACGCCAUUGUGUGGGUGAACCGUCCCCUCGAAUUGUGGGUGGUGCAAGUCAUCCUAGCCAUGAUCAGUCUCACCGAGGCCGUCCUUUUGGCCUAUCUGGGAUACAAGGGUAACAUAUGGCAGCAACUGCUGUCAUUCCAUUUCAUUCUAGAAAUAGUCAACACCAUUCCAUUCACGAUAACUAUUUUUUAUCCAUCGAUGCGAAACCUGUUUAUACCGGUAUUUUUGAACUGUUGGCUAGCUAAACAUGCGUUGGAAAACAUGUUCAACGACCUACAUAGAGCCAUGCAGAAAUCUCAAUCGGCUCUAUCUCAACAGCUCACGAUCCUCUCUGCGACCCUAGUCUGCCUCGUAUUUACCAGUUUGUGUGGUAUACAGCACUGCCAAAGGGCAGGUCACAGACAUCUCAAUCUAUUUCAAGCCACCUACUAUGUAGUUGUGACGUUUUCUACAGUAGGAUAUGGAGAUUUUGUGCCAGACAUUUGGCCAUCCCAGCUCUGGAUGGUAAUCAUGAUAUGUGUAGCUCUAAUCGUCUUGCCCACACAACUCGAACAGCUGGCUUUCACAUGGAUGGAACGUCAAAAACUGGGUGGCUCAUAUUCAUCCCACAGGGCACAAUCGGAAAAACACGUGGUCGUCUGCAGUACAACACUACACGCAGACACCAUCAUGGAUUUCCUCAACGAAUUCUAUGCUCAUCCUCUUCUACAGGACUACUACGUUGUUCUUCUGUCUCCGAUGGAACUGGACACGACCAUGCGAAUGAUCCUUCAAGUGCCCAUAUGGGCGCAAAGGGUCAUCUACAUCCAAGGGUCUUGUCUUAAAGAUGGCGACCUGGCCAGAGCAAGAAUGAACGAAGCUGAAGCUUGUUUCAUUUUGGCAGCUAGAAAUUACGCAGACAAAACGGCAGCGGUGAGUGAAUUUCAAUGA